UGUCGAUCUCACCCACAAGUUCAGACGUGCUACAGCGAGCGCCUUUCGAACAGCACAGCACGAAAGCCAUGCAGAGCCCCCCCCUCCGACCGAGUCCUUCUCACUGCAGGUGCGCAUGCUCAAGCGCAUGCUGAGGAACAUAGUCCCCGAGCACCUCGACCCCGACCUCUUGGAGUGCGCCUCGGUGGACAACUUCCAGGGCCGCGAGAAAGAUCUUAUCAUAUUCUCGGCCGUGAGGUGCAACAGGACUGGCACGGUCGGUUUCCUCGCCGACUGGCGCCGCUUGAACGUGAUGCUCACUCGGGCGCGGAAGGGCAUCGUCAUCGUCGGUAGCUCCCGGACUCUGAAGACCAACGAGCACUGGGGCCAGUGGCUCGAGUUCUACCAGAAGUGCGCCUCCGGCAGAGCAAGGACCCCCAGCCCCGACAAGAACAAGCCGCCCCCAAAGGACGAGACGCCAGAGGAGAUGGAGGCCAGGCUCAAGAAGGAGAGGGUCGAGGCGGCGCGCAAGCUGUCCAUGGCGAUCCGGUUUCCCGGCCUCGCGGGGGCCGAGAAGAAGAAGGAGAAGUCCAGAUCCAGGUCCUUCUCGCCGGUGCGCCUCGAGGGCACCGCAGACACGCGC